AUGACCACCGGUAAUACGGGCUGCGAGCUUGCGGAGGCGGAGAAGGGAAGAUUUACGGCUGUUGCUGCUGUUGUUGUUGUUGCUGCUGCUGAUGGUGGUUGUUGGCUGGAUUGGGAAAAAAGCCGGGAGGAAAAGAAGCGACGGAGGCUACGAAAUGGAGCCGGAAAUGAGGCACGAAUAAAAGAAGGAAAAAACGACGGGCAAACCCAAAAUUUUUACGAAAACGUGCAUUUAACAAUCCGAUUUACACGCAACAGCCGAACCACCUUUACGACCGGAUUACGAUACUUCGCUUUAAAUAUUAACUUUUUUUUUUUUACUAACCGUUAA